AGGCGCGCGCGGCCCUCGACGAGAUGCCGACAGAGGAGCGCGGCCUCUCGCGGCUGCUCGAGCGGGUCGCCUCGCUGCUGCAGGAGCAUGGCGAGCUGGAGGCGGCCGAGCCGCUGCUGCGUGAGCAGUACGAGGCGCGCCGCGCGGCGCUCGGCCUCAAGCACGCCGACACUCUCGACGGCGUCAACAACCUGGCGCUGCUGCUGCACCAGCAAGGCAAGCUCGAGGAGGCGGAGCCGUUCUCUCGCCUGAAGCUCGAGGGCUGCCGCGAGGCGCGAGGCGACAACCACCCCGACACCGUCACCGCGCUCGACACCCUCUCGCAGCUGCUCUCCGACAUCGGCAAGCUCGACGAGGCGCUGCCGCUGAAGCGCGAGUCCCUCGCCGUCAAGCGGCAGGUGCUCGGCGACCGGCACCCGGACACGCUCCUCUCGGUCAACAACCUCGCGGUGCUGCUCUCCGACCUCGGCCGCUCGAGCGGCAACACAAACAUGUUGCGCGAGGCGGAGCCGCUCAAGCGGGAGGCGCUGGCGGGCUGCCGCGAGGUGCUUGGCAACCGGCACCCGCACACGCUCGCCUCCAUCUCCAACCUCGCGGACAUGCUCAUGCAGCUCGGCCACCUCGACCCGCGCGCCUUCGAGGAGGCGGAGCCGCUCUGCCGCGAGGCGCUGGCUGGCUCGCGGGAGGUGCUCGGCGACGGCCACCCCGACACGCUCAAGUGCGCCGGCAACCUCGCCGCCUGCUUGGUCGACGUCUCAAAGUACAUCCAGGACGAGGCGGCGCACUUGCGCUGCUUGCGCGAGGCGGAGCCACUCUACGCCAACGCGGCCGCCGGCUUUGCGCGCGGGCUCGGCUCGACGCACCCGUCGACUCUCUCGUACGUCUCGGAGCGCGCGCGCGUGCUGAUGGACUUGGGCCGCGCCUCCGAGGCGGAGGAGAUACAGCGCGACUCCGUGCUCGCCGCGUGGCGCUCGCACGAGGCGGGCGACAAGGUGCCUCGCAACACGCUCACCUCGCUCAACAUCCUCUGCGACCUUCUCCACUCGCAGGGCAAGGACGCCGAGGCGGAGCCGCUCGCGCGCGAGGCGCAGGCGGGCUUCCUCGGCGCGCUCGGCCCGCAGCACCCCUUCACGCUCUCGUCGGUCGACCUGCUCGCCGCCAUCCUGGUCGGCGUCGGGCGGCGGGCGGAGGGCGAGGCGCUGGAGGUGGACUAGCGCGGCCGGGGCGUGGAGGCGUGGAGGCGCGUGGAGGUUGCCACGACGGCCGUUCAAGGGAUCUGGGCUGAGGGACCAGCGGGCGCAUCACGCGCGGCGUUCACUCUCCGUUUCUCUAGUAGCCGAACGCGCGAGAUGGCCGAUGGCGCGGGGCCCGACACGACCUGGAUGUGUGCGUGAUUUCUCUCUCUCCGACCUGUCUCAUAUCUCUGACUCUCUGUUGCGUGGCGCGGGAUUAUGAUAUAUAA